AUGACCAUGAAGACUAGAGAGCGGCGAGCGACGUUCGGACGUGAACCAGCUCGAUCGGCUUCGGUUCCACCACGGAAGAGAUGGUUUCGCAGAGUGAGGUAUUUUCGGCCUGUUCGGUCUCGAUUUAUCACAUUUACUUUAUUCCUACUAGGGCUCGACGAAAUUCCAGUCUACGAGUUGUUGUACUUUCCAACGAUCUCAGUCGAUGAUGAUGAUGUUUUAGCAUCGUUUGGGCGAGUUCAAUCACAUGAGGCGGUAUGUGACGAUGUAACUCGUAAACUGGUAGGAGCAAUCACCACAUGGCACGACAUCCACAGCAACCUGCUCCGCCUGAGCAUCGGUAAGAGACCGCGUUGA